GCUUCAGGCUCGAAUUGCUCACAGAAUCCAGGAACUGGAGAACUUGCCUGGUUCCCUGCCUCCUGAUCUACGAACCAAAGCUACAGUGGAAUUGAAGGCACUUAGAUUACUGAAUUUCCAGCGCCAGCUAAGACAAGAGGUUGUGGCGUGCAUGCGUCGUGACACAACACUGGAGACAGCACUGAACUCCAAAGCCUACAAGCGAAGCAAGCGCCAGACUUUGAGGGAGGCCAGGAUGACAGAAAAGCUUGAGAAACAGCAGAAGAUAGAACAGGAGAGGAAGCGUAGGCAGAAGCAUCAGGAAUACCUGAAUAGCAUACUGCAGCAUGCUAAAGACUUUAAAGAGUACCACCGGUCAGUCGCUGGGAAAAUUCAGAAACUUUCUAAAGCUGUGGCCACUUGGCAUGCCAACACUGAACGUGAGCAGAAAAAAGAGACUGAGAGAAUUGAGAAAGAAAGAAUGAGAAGACUAAUGGCUGAAGAUGAAGAAGGCUACCGUAAACUGAUUGAUCAAAAGAAAGACAGACGUCUGGCCUACCUAUUGCAGCAGACAGAUGAGUAUGUGGCUAAUUUGACUAACCUGGUAUGGGAGCAUAAACAGGCACAAGCAGCCAAAGAGAAGAAGAAGCGAAGGAGAAGAAAGAAGAAGGCUGAAGAAAAUGCAGAAGGAAUGGCAUCUGGUCUUGGUCCGGAUGGAGAGCCCAUAGAUGAGAGCAGUCAGAUGAGUGACCUGCCGGUCAAAGUGACUCACACAGAAACAGGCAAAGUUCUUCUUGGACCAGAAGCACCAAAAGCAAGUCAGCUGGAUGCUUGGCUGGAAAUGAACCCUGGCUAUGAAGUUGCUCCCAGAUCUGACAGUGAAGACGAAAGUGGCUCUGAAUAUGAGGAGGAGGAUGAGGAGGAAGAAUCAAGCAGAUUAGAAGCAGAAGAAAAGAUACUCCUAGAUCCUAACAGUGAGGAAGUUUCUGAGAAAGAUGCAAAGCAAAUCAUUGAGACAGCCAAACAAGAUGUGGAUGAUGAAUAUAGCAUGCAAUAUAGUGCUAGAGGUUCUCAGUCCUACUACACUGUUGCUCAUGCAAUCACAGAAAGGGUGGAAAAGCAGUCUUCUCUUCUUAUUAAUGGCACACUAAAACAUUAUCAGCUCCAGGGACUGGAAUGGAUGGUUUCACUCUAUAAUAACAAUCUGAAUGGAAUUUUAGCUGAUGAAAUGGGACUGGGAAAGACAAUACAGACUAUUGCACUCAUCACUUACCUGAUGGAGCACAAAAGACUCAAUGGCCCCUAUCUCAUCAUUGUUCCCCUGUCGACUUUAUCCAACUGGACGUACGAAUUUGACAAAUGGGCUCCUUCUGUGGUGAAGAUAUCUUACAAGGGUACACCUGCAAUGCGCCGCUCACUUGUUCCACAGCUUCGAAGUGGAAAAUUCAAUGUUCUUUUAACUACUUAUGAGUACAUAAUAAAGGACAAACAUAUCCUUGCUAAGAUUCGGUGGAAGUAUAUGAUAGUAGAUGAAGGCCAUCGAAUGAAGAACCAUCACUGCAAGCUGACUCAGGUCUUAAAUACUCAUUAUGUGGCCCCUAGGCGAAUACUGCUGACUGGGACUCCGUUGCAGAACAAAUUGCCUGAACUUUGGGCUCUUCUCAAUUUCCUCCUCCCAACCAUUUUCAAGAGCUGUAGCACCUUUGAACAGUGGUUCAACGCUCCAUUUGCCAUGACUGGAGAAAGGGUGGACUUAAAUGAGGAAGAAACUAUUCUGAUCAUCCGUCGUCUCCAUAAAGUGCUUCGACCCUUCUUGUUGAGAAGACUGAAGAAAGAGGUUGAGUCUCAACUGCCAGAAAAGGUGGAAUAUGUGAUCAAAUGUGAUAUGUCAGCUCUUCAGAAGAUACUGUACCGUCACAUGCAAGCCAAGGGGAUCCUUCUCACAGAUGGUUCUGAGAAAGACAAGAAGGGAAAAGGUGGGGCAAAAACUCUCAUGAACACUAUCAUGCAAUUGAGAAAGAUAUGCAAUCACCCAUACAUGUUUCAACACAUUGAGGAGUCCUUCGCUGAACAUUUAGGCUACUCAAAUGGUGUCAUCAACGGAGCUGAACUUUAUCGGGCUUCAGGAAAGUUUGAGCUACUCGAUCGUAUUCUGCCAAAGUUACGAGCUACUAACCAUCGUGUGCUUCUUUUCUGUCAAAUGACAUCACUCAUGACCAUUAUGGAAGAUUACUUUGCAUUUCGAAAUUUCCUUUACCUGCGUCUUGAUGGCACAACAAAAUCAGAGGAUCGAGCUGCUUUGUUGAAGAAGUUCAAUGAACCUGGGUCACAAUACUUCAUCUUCUUGCUGAGUACAAGGGCUGGAGGGCUAGGCUUAAAUCUCCAGGCUGCUGACACUGUUAUAAUCUUUGAUAGUGACUGGAAUCCUCAUCAGGACUUGCAGGCCCAAGACAGAGCCCACAGAAUUGGUCAACAGAAUGAAGUUCGAGUCUUGCGGUUGUGCACUGUGAACAGUGUGGAAGAGAAGAUACUUGCUGCUGCAAAGUAUAAACUGAAUGUAGAUCAAAAAGUUAUUCAGGCAGGAAUGUUUGAUCAGAAAUCUUCAAGCCAUGAAAGGAGAGCCUUCCUACAGGCUAUAUUGGAGCAUGAAGAAGAAAAUGAGGAGGAAGAUGAAGUCCCUGAUGAUGAGACUCUGAAUCAGAUGAUUGCUCGACGUGAGGAGGAAUUUGAUCUCUUCAUGCGCAUGGACAUGGACCGUCGCAGGGAGGAUGCCAGAAACCCUAAACGUAAGCCCCGCUUGAUGGAGGAGGACGAAUUACCAUCCUGGAUUAUUAAGGAUGAUGCUGAAGUUGAAAGGCUUACAUGUGAAGAAGAAGAAGAGAAAAUAUUUGGAAGAGGAUCCCGUCAGCGCAGGGAUGUGGACUACAGUGAUGCUCUCACAGAGAAACAGUGGCUGCGGGCAAUUGAAGACGGCAAUUUGGAAGAAAUGGAGGAGGAAGUCCGGCUUAAAAAACGGAAGAGACGAAGAAAUGUGGAUAAAGAUUCUGGGAAGGAGGAUGGAGAGAAAGCAAAGAAAAGAAGGGGCAGACCUCCUGCAGAGAAGUUGUCACCCAACCCACCCAAACUGACAAAACAAAUGAAUGCUAUCAUUGAUACUGUGAUAAACUACAAAGAUAGGUGA